AUGUACCUUUCUAAAAGUGUUGUAAAAAGUGAUAAUAAUGCCAAAGUAAAACACAACAAUAAUCCUCCAGUAGAAUGUAAUGAUAACUCUGCAAAAGAAUUCGAUGAAAACUUCAUGGAAUCUGUUGUUGACCAAAAUAUUAUUAAUAUUAAUGUUGGAGACACUUUUUAUUCUUGGGAAAUUGCAGAAACUCAUCUUAAUCAAUAUGCAAGAGCACCACACACCUUUACAGCUGAAAUUAGACAACAUGCACAAAAGAAAGUUAAAUAUGAAUCUGAGUUCAAAAAGGCAAAGAAAGCACUUAAUUUAGCACUUGAUAUGGGUUGUAAAAAUGAAUUUAUAAACAUAAUUGAUAGUUUUAUUAAUCAAAAGAAAAGUGACAUAAGCAUUACUAAUAUUGAAAAUAUUGAGAAUUUAUAUAUAUUGAAUCCCUUGAUUGUAAAACAGCAUAGACGUCUACCAAAUAAAUAUAUCAAGUCAUUAACAGAAAAUAAUUCAUACAACAGUACUAAAACUAGUAUUAGUGUGAUUAAUUCAGUUGAUCCUAAUUUAUAUAUCUGCAAUGUAUCAAAAACUACUAUACAACAAAUGCAAAAUUUACAGUAUUUAUUUGAAUUAACAACAAGAACUUCAUUUCAUACUCUUAACAAUAAUUCAAAUAAUCAGGCAGAUACUUUAUUUGAUAGUAGUUCUAUUGGAGCAACUCAAGAUAUAAAAGAAAAUGCAGUUAAACAAAAAUAUAUAUGUAAAACAUGUGAAAAUCCUGGUCAUAAUUCACGAAAGUGUAAUAA